UUCGCCUUUGCUGAAAUGAUGAAGAACACUACUAUCGCACUUCUCGCGUUGACCGCCGGAAGUGCUUCCGCGCAGUUUUUCGUUCUCUAUGGCAGAGACACUGUUGUCUCUCGCAUCGAUCCUAUCGUCUCUCCCGGAAGCAUUGGCAUGCAUGCCCACGAGUUCAUGGGUGCCGGCAACAUCAACCAGAACUCAGACUACGAUUCACUCCAAAAGUCGACCUGCUCGAGCGUCGGACGUGCCAAUGGUAAUCCUAUCGUCGAGGACAAGAGCGCCUACUGGCACCCGACUCUCUACGUCAAGGCCACCAAUGGCACAUACAUCAGAACCAACGGACACCAGAUCUACUACAUCAACGCCGGUACUGGCCAGAUGCGCGAGCCUUUCGAGUUCCCCAGGGGCUUCCGCAUGACUGCUGGAAACGCAUACAUCCGUGCCGCGCAAGAGCACACUCCUACUAAUAUGGACGACAUCACUCAGUGGAUCUGUCACGAAACUCCUUCGUGGAACGAAGGUACUCAAGGCGGCUUUCCCAAAGGUGUUACAUCUUGCUCACAGUACCCCUACUUCAAUGGCGCCAUCGAGUUCCCUCACUGCUGGAACGGCAAGGACUUCAACCUGAACUCUCCCUACUCACACAUGGCCUAUCCCGUUGGCGACAUCAGAAAUGGAGCUUGUCCCGACACCCAUCCCAUCAAGCUUCCUCAUCUCUUCAUGGAGAACAACUACGAUCUGUCAAGCAUCGAGGGAGAGUUCGAGGUCGACUCGUUCGUGCUUUCUAACGGAGACCCCACCGGCUACGGCUUCCACGCCGACUUCGUAAGUACACCACCAAGUUUGAGCCAAGCGCAUUCUAACAGUUGUAUANNGUACAACGGCUGGCAAGAAGGUGUUCUGCCUAACCUGCUCACUGGCUCCAGCGCUUGUGCAUCUCACGAUGUCGGCGACUGCUCUGGCGUGACCUUCGAUUCCAGCAUGAACUGGGCUCAGUGCACCACCACUAACCAAUUCCCUGAAGAUCUGAACGGCCCUCUCUCUGCUCUGCCUGGUUGCAACCCCAUCACCACUGUCAACCCUGCCCCGCAAUGCAAGCCUUGUGCUGCUGGUGUGGUAGGUGGACAGUGCAACGCUGCCGCCGCAGCCAGCUCUAUGACCACUAGCACAAAGAAGGCUCCUUCGACCCUCCAGACAACUACAAAGCCCGCCUCUUCAACCAUGCAGAGCUCGAUGACGACCACUACGACCACCAAAACCGUGACUUCGACGACCACCGAGCAGUCGACUACCACCGUAACCAGCGACGCUCCCAAGAGCACCGAAUGCGACGCAUGA